AUGGUAUGCUAUAUCAUGACUGAGGCUGAAGCGUACUGGAGUUUGGUCACUUUUACAUAUUUAGACGCAGAUCGAAGAAAUCCUUUUUUCCUGUUCGAGCCUUGCUUAUGGAAAGCGAUUAACAGAUUCGGUCUGGUGUACUUCAUCAUCGGUAACGUGCUGACAGGAGUCGUCAACCUGGCCUUUAACACACUGGAAUCUAGCGACAGUGCUUGCAUCGUAAUUCUGUUCGUGUAUUCUUUUGUUAUGUGUACCAUUGUUUCUUUGCUGUAUGCGAGGGAAGCCUAUUGA